AUUACUUGGCUUGUAGAUCGUAAUUACUCACUGUGCUCCCUAAUUUUAGACAAUUAAUUAGGUUUUAAUGUCCUAAAAUCAUAGUUGUACGCUGGGAAGGUAGCCAAUACUAUAAUUAUUAGUUUUAUAAGGCUAGAUGAUGUUAAAUAAACGUGAUUCAUCAAAAAUUAAAAGCGCCUCUAAAUACUUUUUGAUUAUCGUCAAUUAAAAACGAAUAAAAAAUUACGUUGCAAAAAUUUUGCUAUAUAAAGUGCGCCAGGGUUUGCACAGUCGUCGAGUCAAGAAGAUCGAACAAAAUGAAAACUUUUGUGGUUAUUUGUGCUUUCGUUUUCGGAGCUAACGCUCUAACUCAAGAGCAGUAUGGAGAGAUCAUGAAGAAAGUCAGUGUAGUUGGAAACGGCUGUGUCCAGAAAGAAAACGCCACACCUGAGGACAUGGCUCAACUCAUUGCCCAUGAGAUUCCUCCCAGCACUCACACCGCAAAAUGCAUCCUCGCCUGUUUCUACGAACAUUACAAAAUGAUGAAACCCGAUGGCACUUUCGAUAAACAAGCAGCAAUUGACGCUUUCCACGAGAUUAAGGCCAUGGAUGCGGAUUUGUACGGAAAAAUUUUGCAAAUUAUCGACACCUGUGAAGAGCAAAAAAAAAUUACGGAUGAUCGGUGCGAAACGGCGUCCCUGAUGGCUACCUGUGUGAAAAAUCAGGCCGAAGCUCUGGGUGUGACCAAGGAAGCCUUUUUGGUGUCUGAAUCAUAGUGAAUUUGUCGUUGUCUUGUUGUCGUUGUAGUUAUGUUUAGAAAUAAAGUGCAUGUGCAUUGUAUUUUGGUUUUUA